AGAUCAGUUUUCAAGAUGGCGGAGGAAGCGGAAGGUCCUUUAAAGCAGCUUCUGGUGCCUUUUCUUCUGCCCGAGAAAUGUUACGAUCGGUUUUUUAUUCACUUGGAUUUGCUCGAUGUUCCCUGUCUCAAGAUACUAAUCAGCAAAGGCCUGGGAUUUGGCAUUGUUGCUGGCUCAUUGCUAGUGAAACUACCUCAGGUAUUUAAAAUUCUGAGAGUGAAGAGCACAGAAGGACUGAGCCUCCAGGCAGUUCUUCUAGAACUGGUGGCCUUGACAGGGACCAUCGUCUAUAGUGUGGCCAACAGCUUCCCAUUCAGCUCUUGGGGUGAGGCCUUGUUCUUAAUGCUACAGACCAUUACCAUCUGUUUCCUGAUCCUACACUACAGAGGACAUACCAUGAGAGGUAUGGCCUUACUAGGCAUUUAUGUCCUGAUCCUGUUGGUAUUACUCUCACCUCUGAUGCCUAAGGCUGUGGUCACCCUGCUUCAGGCCACCAAUAUGCCCGCUGUGAUCAUGGGGAGGUUGCUCCAAGUGAUCACCAACUACAAAAAUGGCCACACAGGUCACCUGUCAGCAAUCACCGUUUUCUUACUCUUUGCUGGCUCUCUUGCCCGAAUCUUCACUUCUCUCCAGGAAACAGGUGACCCCCUCAUGGCUGUGACUUUUAUUGUGUCCUCCAUCUGCAAUGGUCUCAUUGCUUUCCAGCUCCUUUAUUACUGGAAUGUCAGGAUUCCUCACAAAUGGGAAAAGAAGCAUCAAUAGUAUCUGGGGUGCUACUUUCCUCUCUUUCUAGCCAAAACAGUAUCUCAAAGCCUCCUUCCUCUCCCUUCCCCUCCCCCCCCCCCCAGUAUUGUCUUUAUUCCUUUUUCUUUUGACCUGGGUUCCUCUCAUCCCUAAAACUGAAAAAAAUUUUGGAGCUGUGCUCCCCCCACC